AUGCCUCCGGCCACUAGGGCCCGGGCUCUGCUGUCGGCGUCGGCUUCGUCGGCGACGACGACAGCGCAGGGAACGAGCCGGCUACCUUCGCGAGCUAUCUUCCGAACCAGCAAUAAUGCUCCGCAGCAUCAUCCCCGUGCCCAUCACCUCCAUACCCGUGCCUGCGCGCAGGCUUCGACGCAGACCCCUCGUUGUCGACCCUGCCAACUCCUUACUCAUCACAACCGCCCUGUACGGCCGUUAGGCUCGCGCAGGUUUCACGCUUCGGUGGGGUUGAGGCAAUCCUCGGUGCCAGCGGACUCCGAUGGGGACGGUCGUGGUGGUGGGAAUGCGCCGGAGACGCCAAGAGGGAUACCGACGGAGAGACGGACUGAGGGGCUCGGGGCGAGACAAGGACAAGAUGCGGCUGCUGCUGCUGCUGCUGUACCAGAACCGGGGCCGGAGCCAGGGGAAGGUGAACCCGAACUGGACGCCUCCGAGGUUGCUAAUGCGAAGAGGGAGCGGCUUAGGAGCGCGGGGUAUGGCUCGGCGCGUGCGCGGGCGAGCCGCAACAACCGUGUCGAGGAGACGCCGCCGUUUGCGCUGCCCACGUGGUUUCUGGAGGGGCAUGUAUCGCUGCGGGGUAAGCGGGUAGGAGGCUUCGCAGAGGAGGGCGCGGAGAGCCGGGUUUAUCUGCCGUGGUUAGACGAGGCGAGGCGCGAGGAGCUCAUUGCGGACGCGGAGGCCGGGUUUGAGCGGAUGUCGCUCUCGGAAUCCCGGGUGGCCCAGUUCAAGCGGAUCACGACGACGGGGGAGGCGGCGCCGCCCGAUCCGGAAGAUAAUCCGAAAGAUUCCAUAGCCUGGGGUAUAGGAAGGACGGCAGCCGAACGGGAGAUCCGCUUGGUUGGGAUGUUAUCCGCCGGGAUGGUCGACAUGGCCACCUCACUGACGCUACUUCGCGACACCCCUGUUGGCGACAGGGACAGUCACUACGAUACACUGCGCCGGAUGCACCAGGCCUUGUUCCCUGAGAAACACCUCCCUCUACGGUGGCGCUAUCUUAGCCCCAAAAACGAUAUGGGAAUCACAAAGGCCGAGAUGGAAGAGGACGAUGUCAUGUUUGCGUUGAACUCCUCAACGAGUUGGGCCGACGGCGAGCACGCUGCAACGGCCGAGUUGCUGGCCACCACGGCUGGCUCGCUCGCCCUGCCGCGCGCAGACAGCUCAGAUUUCUCCGACGGGAUGCUGCGGCCACCAGUGGUAUUAGCGCUGAUCAAGGGCGACGGUCGGGGCCGGAUGCUAGCGAACGCCGUGGUCGACGAGAUCGCCGUCGAUCUUGAGGCGGAUGUCGUGCACCUGAGCGCCCACUUCCUCGCCCGCCUACUGUCGCGCUACAUGGGCCAGAACGCGCCCGCGGCCCCGGGCUCCUUAGCGAUGGCCGGCUACGUCGCGGCGGAGACAAACGGCCGGCUCAUAUCGCGGUCGGCAGCCGAGGAUAGCGAGAGCCCCCUGAAGGUUAUGUCGGUGAGCCUGCGCUCGUUGCUGCCCUCGGGGGGGUCAUCAUCGUUAUCCCUGAACAAUUUACGGGACGGGCUGUCUGGGAUUGGCGGUGCAUCCGACGGCCGCUGGGAGGAGAUGAAGCUCAGCGCGGCGCUGGAAGCGAUCUUCGAGGCGGCAAAGACUAAGCGUGCUACUGCUGCUAGUACGGGGGGCUCUUCGGAUGUGGCGGUCGCCAGGGAAAUCAAUGAGAAUAACGAGAAAAAAGAGAAUACCGUCCACAACACCAACAAUAAUAACAGCAGCCACAAAAGCAGCGGCAACAACAAGAAUAACCUUAUCAUCCACCUGCAUGACUACGUUGAGCUGAGCCGAAGUCACGCUUCGCUCGUGCAAAAGAUCCGCAUCCUUGUGGACCGGAUGUGGCGGGCGGGCAAGAACAUCACGCUCGUGGGCUCGUCGGCCGGUGACCUGGAUAGGCACGCGCCGUGGCGGGCGGAGCUGGACGACCUGGGAAAUGCCGGCGCGCGCGUGAUCCCGUUUGCCACGCCCGGGUGUGAUCGCGACGUAUCCAACGAGGAGUGGAGUUCCGUGCACGAGAACUUGGCCAACAUCGAGGCCAUGCUCCGCGGUGCGGUUGGCGACGACGAGGUGCCUGUUAACGGGUUUGUGGCCGAAUAUCUUGAUGCCGUCAAAAAGGAGGCUAACGCUACCACAUGGGCGGCACUGCCGAACAUUGACCUUGUGAGGAUGAGGCUCAGCCCUGGCGUGCUCGACGCACAGUGGGUUCGGCGUCUCGUGUCGAUUAUGCUGAAACCACAGCAACAACCACAACCACGUCAAUACACCCUAACAUCACUAGCUGACGCCCUAGCCUUCAUGACCACCGCUGAUUGGCAUUGGAGGAAGUCGGAUCCCAAGAUCGCUGGCCCUUAUUUCUCCCCGCUCGCAGUCACGCCCCGGGACGCGACGCUAUCAUCGAUUCCCUUCGGCAGCCACCACCACGAUGAGGACGACCGGCACCACUCCGCCGCCCUCAAAAACCUAACCGGUGCCGCGGCCAAGCACGAGUACAAGCCCGAGGAGAGGAAGCUGCUGUCGGGACUCAUCAACGCCAAGGACAUCCACACCACCUUUGACCAGAUCGUCGUGCCACCCGAGACCAAAGAGUCCCUCGUCGGCCUGACCACCUUAUCCCUCCUGCGCCCCGAGGCAUUCGCCUAUGGCGUGCUCAAGACCGAACACAUUCCCGGCUGCUUACUUUACGGACCGCCUGGUACCGGCAAGACCCUACUAGCCAAAGCUGUGGCCAAAGAAUCCGGCGCCAGCGUGCUCGAGGUGUCCGCGGCCGAUAUCAACGACAAAUGGGUCGGCCAAAGCGAGAAGAACGUGCAAGCACUCUUCUCCCUCGCCCGCAAGCUGGCCCCCUGCGUCAUCUUCCUCGACGAGGCCGACGCCCUGCUCGCCGCGCGCCAGUCCUCUGCCAGCGCCCGCUCCGCCCACCGCGAGACCAUCACCCAGUUCCUGCGCGAAUGGGACGGCCUGACCGGCUCGCGCGCCUUCAUCAUGGUCGCCACCAACCGGCCCUUCGACCUCGACGAGGCCGUCCUCCGCCGCCUGCCCCGCAAGAUCCUCGUCGACUUACCGCUGGCCCCGGAACGCGAAGCCAUCCUGCGCGUCAUCCUCCGCGAUGAAACCCUGUCCCCCAACAUCGACCUCGCCCGUCUCGCGGCCGAUACCCCGCUGUAUUCCGGAUCCGACUUGAAAAAUGUCUGUGUCUCGGCCGCCAUGGAGGCCGUUCGCGAGGAAGUCCGCGCGCGCGAUGCCUGGAAGGGGGAGGAGCCAUUCCAGUUCCCUGAGCGCCGGGUGCUGACGCCGGCGCAUUUUGCGAAGGGGUUGCGGGACAUCAGUGCGAGUAUCAGUGGGGAUAUGGAUAGUUUGAAGGCGAUUCGGAAGUUUGAUGAGAAGUAUGGGGAUUCGGGCCGGGGAAGAAAUAAGAGGAAGGGCAUUGGGUUUGGGGUGGUUGAGGAGGGGGCUAAGGCCGGAGAUGCGACGAGGGAGGCCAGAGUGAGGAAGGCUUUAGCGUAA